AUGCCCUCCAACCUCCGCAUCGCUCUCGGCGGUGACGACGCCGGCUUCGCCUACCAGACCGCGCUGGCCGCCGACCUCGCCUCCGACCCGCGCGUCGCCUCCGUCAUCCGCGUCGGCCCCUCCUCCGCCUCCGACACCACCGCCUACUCGACCUUUGCGCUGGCCGCCGCCGAGGCCGUGGCCAACGGCACCGCCGACCGCGCGCUGCUCAUCUGCGGCACCGGCCUCGGCGUGGCCAUCGCGGCCAACAAGGUGCCCGGCGUUCGCGCCGUCACCGCGCACGACGGCUUCUCCGUAGAGCGCGCGGUGAAGAGCAACAACGCGCAGGUGCUGUGUCUGGGCCAGCGCGUCAUCGGCCUGGAGCUGGCGCGGAGGCUGGUCGGGGAGUGGCUGGGAUACGAGUUUGAUCCUAACUCGGCGUCAGCGGAAAAGGUCAAGGUCAUUGACGACUAUGAUUUCAACGUGGCGAAAAAGGGGGCUGUUACUGCUUAA